UCAUCACAAAAGGCUUCUUCUUCCCUCUCUCUCUCUCUCUCUCUCUCUCUCUCUCAUUGUAGCUGGCUCAUCGAGAAUGGCCAGAAUUGUGGGUUUAGUCCUGGUUGUUGCCAUGGUCAUGAUGCCAAGAUGCUUAGCCACCGUGUACACCGUUGGAGACUCCUCUGGGUGGGCUAGUGGUGUGGAUUAUAGCACUUGGACUAGUGGCAAGACCUUUAAAGUUGGUGACAGCCUGGUGUUCAACUAUGGAAGUGGGCACACGGUGGACGAAGUGACUGACAGUGACUACAAAACUUGCACUGUGGGAAAUUCAAUUACAAGUGACAGCAGCGGAACGACCACCAUCCCCCUCAAGACUGCUGGGACUCAUAACUACAUUUGUGGCUCGGUUGGGCAUUGUACGAUGGGGAUGAAGCUUUCUGUGACUGUAGCGUCAGGAUCAACCGCAGCACCAUCUGGCAACGGUAAAUCAACAUCCGGUGGUUCCGACGGUAACUCUACAAUUACCACCCCCGCAAGUACCACCAAACCCUCAUCAACUGGUGAUGGGAGUAGCCACUCUAGCUCUCUUGUUGUGACUUUGUGGAGUGUUAUUAGUUUGGUUGGUUUUUGUAUGUUCCUUCUAAUUUAAUUUUGGCAAUAUCACUCCUAGUGCCAGGAUAGAGGCAGUGCUAUUUUAUUUCUUCUUGUUUAAAUGUUAAGUACUCUGAGUUUCUAGGGUCCAUGAUACAUUAUUUGUGUAUCAUGAUUGAGGUUCAUAUAUAUUAUGCACUUUGCUUUUGAAGGGCCAUGAUUCCCAAA